AAUGAUAACAACGCCACCUUUAUCCAAUGUGCAUGGCAAUGGCGGAUUCAAUGUUUAUCAUGUAUUUUAUACUAUCACUGACAUUUAAAUUAUGUCUAGGAGAAAAGGAGAGGUUUACUUUAUCGGAACAUGACUUUUCUCUUGAAAGCGAAGAACCACAAAAACCCAUAAAUAUUAUCGAUCUUAAUGAGAAUUCAUCUGGAUACCAACGUUUCAAAUGUCAUAUUUGUGAAGGACCUGACUGCUUAUAUACUGACAUCUGUUACAAUGCAGUUACUUGUUGGAAAUCUAAGGUGAGACAAUCUGAUGGUACGGAAAGUGUAAGUAGAGGAUGUACUUCAUCGAUAGAUCAGAUGCUACUAAUAUGCAACAAACAACAACCGCAACAUACCAAUCAAAAUGGUAGUACUAAGAAGAGACAUGUUACUGGAUCCUUAAGUGGUGUGCAAUAUUAUGUUGAGUGUUGUCAGACAGAUUUUUGUAAUGGUGGACCGUUUCCUGUAUUACAAGGUUAUAAUGGUGAUGCCGUUGAAGAGGAUUACGCAAUUAAAUUAAUUUUGACAAUUUUGGGUCCAAUGGUUGGAUUUUGUAUUAUUGCUGGAGGAGUGUUAUUUUAUUUAUUAGCAUGCAGAACACAUAAAAAGCGACCAUUGACUGCAAGGCAUAGUAAGCUUGUUAUAGACUCGGAAAUGGAACCAUCUAUUCUACAUUUCUCAUUCUCUUCUCCAACAUUUACUACUACAUAUCCUCAUGAACUCAGAGCAACUGCAGCUGGUGAUAGCACAUUAAAGGAAUACUUGGAUGGAAGGAGUUUAACCAGUGGUUCUGGUUCUGGUUUACCAUUAUUAGUACAAAGAACAUUGGCUAAACAAGUAGCUUUAGUAGAAUGCCUUGGUAGUGGAAGCAAUGGCGGAUUUGGCGGAGAAGUCUGGAGAGGAAUAUGGCAUGGAGAAAAUGUUGCUGUAAAAAUAUAUUUUUCCCGAGAUGAAGCAGCUUGGGCUCGUGAAACGGAAGUCUAUUCUCAGUUGUUGCCAUCGAGACAUGACAAUAUUCUUGGCUACGUUGGAAGUGAUAUGACGAGUAGAGCGAGCUGCACUCAACUUUGGCUGGUAAUGCAUUAUCAUCCAAUGGGUUCGCUUUACGAUUAUCUAAAUCGAUCUCCACAUUCCUUGAUGCAUCAACAAAUGCUCAAUAUAUGUUUGAGUAUCGUCAACGGUUUGCUUUAUCUACACACGGAAAUUCAUGGAACCAGAGGGAAACCAGCUAUGGCACAUCGUAAUCUAAAGUCUAAAAAUAUUCUCGUUAAAACUAAUGGUGGUUGUGUCAUUGCUGACUUUGCAUUGGCGGUAACACAAGAUCGCUUGUCUACAGAUAGAAUUGAUUUGAAACAAGGUACAAAACGUUACAUGAGUCCAGAGAUCCUCGAACAAACGAUAAAUAUAGAAUGUUUAGAAAACUUCAGACGAGCAGAUAUUUAUAGUCUGGGUUUAAUACUUUGGGAAGUUUGUCGAAGAUGCAUAAGUAAUGGUGUUGCACUUGAAUACAUGGCACCAUAUUCUGAAUGGCUUCCUAGCAAUCAAGAACCGUCCAUCGAUGAAAUGCGAAAAUUAGUAUGUUUGGAUCAUCAUAGACCACCACUUCCUAAUAGGUGGCAUUCUGAUUCUACGUUGGCUGGUUUGGGAAAAUUAAUGAAAGAAUGUUGGCAUGGGAAGUCUGCAGCACGUCUACCUGUUCUUCGAGUGAAGAAAACACUUGUUAAAUUAGCAGCUAACGAUACACGUGUUCAUUUACCCCUUGACUAAGUAACAUGUACAGGAUUAUGUAUUAUUUUACGCACGUAUUUAUUAGUACCAACUAAAUAAAUUUUUUGGCGUGUUCUAGAUUUAUUUACUUUUACGAAAAUAUUAUAAAAGUAUAUGAUACGUAGAAUAUUUUAUUAUUUUCAAUUGUAUGUUUAAAGUUUUCAACUUGUUUUAUAUAAUUGUAAUGUAUAUAUCUAUGGCUAACAUAAGACAUAAAGUGCCACUUGGUAAAUAAUCUAUUUAAAUAUAAUUAGAACAUCAUUUCAUAUUCAUACCAUUCAUUUUAGCGUCGAAAAUGACAUAACAAUACGCAUUCUUUAAAUUUUUAAAUGUCACCAAGUGCCACUUUGUAAAUGAUUCAUUUAUUAGGUGUACAAAUUAAUUCGGUACCUUAUUUUUUUUUUAUUCUAAAUUUAUUAAUAAAAUUACGAGUACAGAUUUUAUUAACUUUAUUUAUUUAUUUAACUUGAUUUAUUUAAUAAA